AAAAAACGAGAACAAGAGUCCAAUUGAAUAAAUUAUGUAUAUCAUUACAAGUUUCAAGUUAAUUUUUUCAACUGUAAAAUAGAUUCUCUUUGAAUAUCUGCUGUAACCUAUCUACCUGCAUCGUGGUUUCAAUCUUGAAAGUUGGACUUUAACUCUCCAUUGACAAACCAUGGCGGAGUGCUACGAUGAGCCAUUGAGUUCAGCACAAAUCCAUUAUUACCGUGAGAGGCUUCUAGCGUUUAACUCAAGUAGCUUGAAGAUCAAAAAAUUGUUAACCUCUCAAAAAGCCACUCUAGUAGGAUUGAAGAAAACUGCUCAGCUGUAUAAAUUGAAUGGUGAAUUUGUGCCGACAAAUGACAAUACAAGUUUUCAAGUGAUAAAUCUCAAGAAUUGGAAUCGACCGACUUCUGCUCAACACGUGAAAUUAGAUUGCAAAAUCAAUGCUUCAUCUGAAGUUUUGAUGCAAAAUAAUUAUAUCAACAGAAAUCAUCCUCAAAAUUCCGUACCUCACAAUAGUGCAUCUCCCGCAAGUAUUUUAAAUGAUAGUCCCAGAACUAUGGAGAAUCAAAGUGACUCCAACUUCAUAGCCUACAGCACUAGAAAAGUAGAUGAUCCAAUGGGAAUUGGGAAUGUCACACAAACUAACAAAACUAAUGAUAAAGCAACCAAUAAUACAUUGCAUCCGAAGCAAUCAUUGAGUUUGUUGAAGAAGGUUUCUCCCAUAAGAAAUUCUAGAGAAAGGAGAUUAAUUCCUGCUAUCAAGAGACAGAACAAUAUGGGAGUCUAUGUGCUGAAGACAAUUGUAGGUUCUACAGCAAUCUCUGUUCAUAAAAAUGGUGAAAAACAUGUAUCAAAAGUUUCUAAACCUAUUACUCACAACACGGAAGUUGAAAACUGUUCCUAUGUGAUGUCUCCAUCAACAGGUGAACAAAUCGAUUUGCAUAGUUCAGAAAAACUGCAUCAAUCUUCACAAAUUGCUAAACCAGUUCUAUGCAGAAAAAUUGACGAAACUGAAAAUCAGAUUCUUCCAUCAAUAAAGUCACAAGCCAAUGUCAUACAUACAUCUCCUUCAAAUGGAGAAAAUCGUGCUACAUAUAUAGGAAUAGCUAAUGAACAACUAGAAACUAGGCCACUUGUGAUCGAUGCUGUUCCCUUGUCUUGGGGGAAUAAUCAAGGGAAUACUGCUCUUGGGGGGAAAAUCAAUGGUUUGAGAAACAUUUACGGAAAUGACACGACAAAUUCAGGAGUUACAAAUAAUAAUUCUGAAGAUAGCUUUUCAGUUCUGAGGAUAUCAACUAGCAAUCAGACUCAAACCCAGAUGAACAGAGUAUUGUCAAUCAACACAAAUUCACGGAUUUCAAUGAGCACGAAUUUCUCUAACACAAGAGAACAGAUUGAUAGUCAAGUUGGAUUUUCUUCAUCCACAAGUGCUCCAACUGCUAAACUAUAUGUGGAAAUUCCAAGAGUAUCUGAAUCUAUAGAUUUAUGUUCACCUGUAGAUUCUAAAGAGUUUGAGAUACAAGAUAUUUCCAAGGCAUCUGCAACCAAGAGAGUGAAUAUGGAAAGUUGUUCCAAUGAAAGAGUCAAAGGAAUACGAAAUAAAUCGGAAAUCAGUGUAAGUACUGAUACUGAUACUGACAGCGAUAUUGAAAUGUCAUAUUGUCCUGAAAAGUUACAUGUAGAUGAGGAAAAUCCAUUAAUAAAUCAUGGUAAGCCAAUUACUGGCCAUACUUCACGUUACAUUGAUAAUGAUGAUCACAAUUCAUCUGAUAAAUAUGAAAUGGAUAGAGCCAGAAAAGACUUGUCUGAAAAGUCCAUUAUAAUUGACAAUUCAACUGAAGGCACGGGUAUGAGUGGUAUGAUGAUGAUAGGAGAUGCUCAGAGAUUAUCGAGCAACAGUUUACAGGGAGGUGAGAACUCCAUCUCAAUUGGAAAAACUUUUAAUAAUAGUUCCACUGAGAAUUGUUAUGAUAAGUUGAAGACUGGUCCAAUGAAAAGACGCAACUUCAUGGUGAUGGUGCCUUCAUUUUGUAAUAAAGAAACCACUAUUAUUUGGGAAAAGAUAAAUGGAUUGUUGUCAACUACUGGAUUAGAGUUUAUCAUGGAAUUACUCCAAAUGGGAUUGAUCAGAGGUAACCAGAAUUGCAGCAGCCCAAGGGAACAUAAUGAAAGAUCGAUGAAACUGAUUCAAGUUCAAGGAAAAAAUUCAGGAAAGGAAAUGUUAUGGUCUUGCAGUCAUUGUCAGGAAUUAGUAUCCGUUUUCCAUGGUUCCAUCUUCGAGGGAGCACAUCUCAGUCCAUUCACAAUAAUUAAACUUAUCUACUACUGGUGUAUCCAGACUAAUAUAGAGUGGCUGAAAAUAAAGGAGAAUCUACACCACAGUGAUAUUUCUAAAUUUUACUCUAGAUUCAGGGCUGUGUGUACAACUGGACUGCGUCAACAGAUACUCACCAAACUUGGUGGAAAUAUGUGUGAGGUUCAAGUCAGCUCCAUAGACGUGUUCCUUGGAGAAAGGGUGAUUAUUCUUGGUGCUCUUGAACCUGGCAAGAAUUGUAUGAUAUUGAAAGCAAUAUCCUGUCAAUCAUACAUCCGGAAGCACAUAAUACGUCUUAUUCUCAAUGAAUUGUCAAGCAUGGUGCAUUCUGAAAGUGUGAUUGUUACAGACUUUUCAUUCUUAGCAGAUCAUUACUUGAAACCGUACUUUGCAACUAUACAGAGAUUCAAAGGGAAAGAUUUCCAUCCAUAUGUGGUUGACCUACCAAUCACAAACUUCUUGAACACUACAGUCAGAAUGUUCAUCAAAACCAAACUGUCUGGAUUGGAGAUUAGAAGCAUGGAGACCGUUCAGUUGGUUCUCAAUGAACUGGUAUGGAGAAAGAAAUGCGAUUUCUCACCGACAAAUACAUUCAACACUUUUCUUGAACAUUUAUCAGUACAAACUUCGGUUGAUUUGGACACAUUAUACAUUCAUGAACUAGACAGAGUUGCAAAAUCACCACUCUUGAACUGGUGGAAAUUGAGUGAGAAUGGGAGGCUUGGAUGCAUUGAAAGUUUGAAGAAAACUAUUGAAUCCACAUUAGUUGAUCAGAUGAGAUUGAAUGAGUCACGUUCAGGAGAAGUUGGUAAUGAAGGUGGGAAAACUAUUUUAACACCAUGUGCUAAGCGCAUGGAGAAUGAUGAAGUUGAUGAUAAUCAAAGUGCCACUUCGAGAGAUGAAUCCUUGAUUAUCAUUGAUGAUGAAAAUAUUACCGAUAAUCAUUCAUCUUCAAAGUCAAUUUUGGCAUCAUUGAAUGAGUACUAUUAUGGAUAUAGUAAAAAUAGAACACGUAUUAAAUUUUCCAAUGGGAUCCAAUUCAUGAAUUGUCCUAUUUGUUCUUUAGUAGUAACAGAUAAUAUUAAUAUGAUGAAACACAUUUUCAUUCAUGCAGUUUUGAAAGAUGAAACAUGUCUAGUGGCUGAAGAAAUAGAGGAAUUCUGUCGUUAUUGUUUAUUCACAAGCAAAGGAAACAUGGGAAAUCACGUGAGCUGCAAUGCCAAGCCGAUAUCGCCUCUAACAUGCUUGAUUUGCUUGGCUUCAUUCGAAAGAGAGAUUGAUCUUUUCUCUCAUAUGCGCCUGAUACAUGUGCAGACAGAAAUGCCCUACUCGUGCAAAGUGUGUGGAUUCCGAACCUCGGAAUACCGGUACAUCAUAGAUCAUUUCUACCUGGUGCACAGAGGUGACAAGUAUGUGCAAUGUCCUUUCUGCUUGCAAGCCUAUUCGAUUAUAAGCGCUGGUAAAGUUUUGGAUAUGAAUGUUUGCUUCCACUUCUACAAACAUAUCAAACAGCACCUAAUGAUAGGAGUGAACCAUUACUGUUACAAGUGUUGUUUGAAUUUUCUCAGUUCCAGAAUGUAUGGGGCACACAGGAUGAAAGAUCAUUUGAGUUGUAAGUCAUUGGUGGUAAAAUAUGCAGGACUGGGCCCGAAUCUGGAUGACCCGUCUUCCGAACUUUUUAUAAAAAAACAACUAACAGAAAACUACAAAUCUGUACAAAAGAAAUACGUAUUCGUUAACUACAAACAUGAACCACCGCAUGUUCAUAAUCUACCAGCACAUGUUGUGUGUGUUGAGUGUCAAGAAUCACUUUUGCUUCGAAAUCACUUUCCAGGGAAUUUUAGAUGCAAACUGUGCACUUAUUCUACAUGCUGCGGCAGAGCAAUACAUUAUCACAUAGCAGACCACCAUAGCACGAACAAUUGCAAGCUUUCACCUCCGCGAACAGCAAUCAUUUUGACUGAACCAAUGAAAUGUGAAUGUGGGUUUCUUUCUUUUUCGGGUUCCAAAUUAGCUGAUCAUCUUGUACUUUGUGGUAAGACAACGUUAUAUAAGUGCAGCCCGGUGUCAAUCAAUCAAAAUGAAUUGGAACAAAUUGCCUCGCUAUAGGCAAAGGCAAUGUUGCUGGACUGAAGUACCAUACUUCACAUGUAUUUAUAUCAAUAGAUUCUAUAUACCUCAUAAGAACUGUAAAGUACGUAUUUAUGUAUUUGAAGAGAAUAAACUACACA